AUGGUGCUGGGAAUAAAAAACUGCCUUUGCAUUGGGGUAGCCCAGGCCAGAGACCGGCCAGAGAAGGAGCGGCAGAAAAAAGCCAGAUUGCCUGAGAGCAGUGACGGCUCCAAGGACUCCGACAGCUCUGCCGGGCGCCGGGGCAGCGCCAGCCGGAAGCACGGGCGAUGGCGGGGACGGCCGGACAGCCCCGGCGUGUUGGUAUCCAAGGUGGUGAGAGCCGUCACGGCGAGACACAAACCAGGACGGAGGCUGCCAGCCGCACCGGACUCCUCCAGCCAGAGGAACCUGACAGAGCUGCACGGGGAGGCCCAGCUGGCCAUCUUCCAGCAGGGUGACACAGGCAGCGUGGAGGGGGCUCCACAGCCUACCGAGAACAGCUUCACUCCCAAGUGCGAAAUCACAGGCAAAGACGCCCUCUCAGCGCUAGCUCGGGCCAGCAGCAAGCAGUGCCAACAGGAGAUCGCCAACGUGGUGUGUCUGCACCGGGCCGGCAGCCUCAUGCCCCAGUCUGUGCCUCGCCACUGCCAGCUCUCGGGCAAGGUCAGCCCUGUCAUCCAGUGGGAUGAGAGCCGGCUGCAGCAGGCACCCCCCAGCAAGCCCGUGCGCAUUGCCUACAUGCUGGUUGUGCACGGCAGGGCCAUUCGCCAGCUGAAGCGGCUCAUCAAGGCGGUGUACCACCAGCAGCACUUCUUCUACAUCCAUGUGGACAAGCGCUCCAACUACCUCCAUCACGAGGCGGUGGAGCUGGCCCGGAACUACCCCAACAUCCGUGUGACGCCCUGGCGCAUGGUGACCAUCUGGGGAGGUGCUAGUCUGCUGAAGAUGUACCUGCGUAGCAUGAAAGACCUGCUGGAGCUGACCGAGUGGCCCUGGGACUUCUUCAUCAACCUGAGCGCCACCGACUACCCCACAAGGACCAAUGAGGAGCUGGUGAUGUUCCUGUCCAAAUACCGAGAUAAGAACUUCCUCAAGUCUCAUGGCCGAGACAAUGCCAGGUUUAUCAAGAAGCAGGGCCUGGACCGCCUGUUCCACGAGUGUGACUCCCACAUGUGGCGGCUUGGCGAGCGCCACAUCCCCGAGGGCAUCGUGGUGGACGGGGGCUCCGACUGGUUCUCACUGACGCGCAGCUUCGUGGAGUACGUGGUCUAUGCCGACGACCAGCUGGUGUCCCAGUUGCGCCAGUUCUACACCUACACACUCCUGCCAGCUGAGUCCUUCUUCCACACGGUCCUGGAGAACAGUCACGCCUGUGAGACACUGGUCGAUAACAACCUCCGAGUGACCAACUGGAACCGGAAGCUGGGCUGUAAGUGCCAAUAUAAACACAUAGUCGACUGGUGCGGGUGCUCCCCAAAUGACUUCAAACCCCAGGACUUCCUCCGGCUACAGCAACUCUCCAGACCCACCUUCUUCGCCCGCAAGUUUGAGUCGACGGUGAACCAGGAGGUGCUGGAGAUCCUGGACACGCACCUCUACGGCAGCUACCCCCCCAACACGCCAGCACUGAAGGCAUACUGGGAAAAUGUCUAUGACCGCGUUGAUGGACUCAGCGGCCUCAGCGACGUCACCCUCACCUUCUACACGGCCUUCUCCAGGCUGGGACUCCGCAAAGCUGCAUCUGUGCCGGCAGCGAAGGCCGACAAGCUCUGCAGAUUUGAGCCCCAGGGCUUCCCGUCCAGUGUGCACUUAUAUUUCUAUGACGACCGUUUCCAGGGUUACCUGGUGAUGCAGGAAGUGCAGAAUUUGGCAACUGGGCAGGCAGAGUCCCUGGAGGUGUGGAUGAUGCCCCAAGGAGCUCUGAAGCUGUUGGGUCAUGGAGGGCAGGCAAACCGCUUACAGAACCUUGAGGUGGGCACGGAGUGGGACCCCAAGGAAAGGCUCUUCCGCAAUUUUGGAGGUUUGAUGGGGCCUUUUGACGAGCCAGUGGCCAUGCAGAAAUGGUCACGGGGCCCCAACCUGACAGCCACAGUGGUGUGGAUUGACCCCACCCACGUCAUCGCUGCUUCCUACGACAUCACGGUGGAUGCCGAGGCAGAGUUCACCCAGUACAAGCCCCCCCUCAAUCGGCCCCUGCGCCCCGGUGUCUGGACUAUCCGCCUCCUCCAGUUCUGGGAGCCCCUGGGAGAGAACCAGUUCCUGGUGGUGCCCCAGACCUUCAACCGCAAGCAGCCUCUCAGGAAAGAUGACAGCAACUGGCUGCAUGGCGGCCCACCCCGCAACGAGUACAUGGAGCAGAGCUUCCAGGGCCUGGGGGGGAUCCUCAACCUGCCACGCUCCGAGGAGGCAGAGGAGGACGCGGUGCGGAAGGCGCAGAUGACGGGCAAGGCGCUGGAGGACUGGGCAGACGGUGCCAUCGGCGCCUUCUGGUCCGUGGCGGACGUCUGCGUUGGCAGCCCCUCUGCCUGCGGCUCCCUGGAGACCUGCAGCAAAACCUCCUGGAGCUCCCUCUCCCCGGACCCCAAAUCAGAACUGGGGCCCGUCAAACCUGACGGGCGGCUGAGGUAGCAGGAGCAGCCGGGGGGGUGGCCUUGGGACCGAGGAGCAUCCUCUGUCA